AUGGAUGUAGUUAAGGCCGUCCAGUUUUAUACAAACCGCAUAGCGUCAGACAUCAGCGGGAUGAAGGUGCUGCUGCUCGACCGCGAGACGACGCCAAUAAUAUCGCUAGUAUCAACACAGUCAUUCCUUCUUUCCAAAGAGACGUACUUGGUGGAUAGGAUUGAAAAUGACAAGCGGGAUGCCAUGCGGCACCUCAAGUGCGUCUGCUUCCUGCGGCCGACCGACUCAUCCAUACAAGCGCUCAUUGACGAGUUGCGCAACCCAAAGUACGGCGACUACUACAUUUACUUCUCCAACAUACUGAAGAAGAGCAUGAUUGAGAUGCUCGCGGAGAACGACGAGAGCGAGGUGGUACGCGAAAUUCAAGAGUUUUUUGCUGACUUUUAUGCGAUCACCCCGGUGCUCUUCCACAUCGGGCUGGUGCCGUCCGUCCACCCACUGUUUGCCGAGGGGCACAGCUGGAACCCGGGGGCUCUCAACCGUACGGUGCAGGGUCUGGGCGCGCUGCUCCUGUCGCUGAAACGGCGACCGAACAUUCGCUACGAGCGCAACAGUGCCAUGGCCCAGAAGCUGGGGCAGGAGCUGGCAUAUCUGAUGAGCCACGAGUCCAAUUUGUUUUCGGGCAAGGCCAGCGAUACAAAAACGCAGCUUUUUAUUCUGGACCGCAAAAACGACCCAGUGACGCCGCUACUGACCCAGUGGACGUACCACGCGCUGCUCAACGACCUCAUUGGCAUCACCAACGGGCGCGUCGAUCUGUCGUACGUGCCCGAUAUUCGUCCGGAGGUCAAGGAAGUCAUGCUGUCGCUGGACCAGGACACCUUCUUUAAGCAGUCGCAGUACCUCAACUUUGGCGACCUGGGCGUAUCCAUCAAGGAGUUUGUCGAUACAUACCAGGCGAAGACCCAGUCGCGGCACCAGAUCGAGUCCAUAUCUGACAUGAAGCGGUUCGUCGAGGCAUACCCCGAGUUUCGCAAGCUCUCGGGCAACGUCACCAAGCACGUCACACUAGUCGGUGAGCUCUCGCGGAUUGUCAAUGAGCGACACCUGCUCGAAGUGUCAGAGCUUGAGCAGAGUUUGGCCAAGUAUACGGCAGAAAACAAGGUGCGCUGUGUGAUCAUCUACGCUCUGCGGUACGAGCGCAUGCAGGGCAAUGCCACAGCCGAGCUCAAGCAGCUACUGACGUCCAAUGGCGUGGAUGCCGACCAGGUAUCCAUGGUCGACGUGAUGCUGCGCUACGCGGGCGCGCGCGAGCGGCAGAGCGACAUUUUCCAAAACGAAAACCUAUUUUCGCGCGGGCGCAAUAUGUUCAAAGGCCUGCAAGGAGUCGAAAAUGUGUAUACGCAGCACACACCUGCGCUGGCAGAGAUGCUCGAGGACAUGCUGCGCGGGAGGCAGGGCCUGCAUUGGCAGGAGCGGCUGCCAAAUCUCGAUCCGAAGGCCAGGCCGCCGCAGAUCGGCAACGAGAGCGGCAUGUUCAACCAGGACAUUAUCGUAUUUGUCAUUGGGGGUGUCACCAUGGAGGAGGAGAUGGCCGUUGCGAAGCUCAACGCCAAGUACGAGUCGCAGAACAUUAAUCUGCUACUGGGCGGCACAUCCAUCCACAACAGUGCAUCGCUGCUGUCCGAGCUGUCCACCACAUUCUUCCCUUAG